GCGGCCCCGAGAUCACUGAUCAUUUACCGACUUACCAAUGAUUUUUAUCUACUACCUAUUGCUCGCUAUUAGUAUUACUAUUAGUCUCGACAUGUCCGUUUCACCAGAACCACCCACGUUCACGAUCCCGUUGGACCGUCUCAGUCACCUGGACGCGUCGUUUGACGAAUUUGACCAGCUCGCGCAAGAGCAAGAAGCUAGCGGUUUGAUUGAUUUUGGCCAGUUUCAGUCAACGAAUAUUCUAGAUUUUUUGGACAACUCUGAUGAUGAAGACUCUGACAGUAGCCCAGAGCAAUCUGAAGUGCUAUUCGUGAAUGGCCAGGCAGUUUCGCCUGGUGCUUUUUUUGCAAGUCGAUCUGCGACUUUGGGUUCUCUUGAAGAGAAGCUACCCGCGCAAUUCCGACCGCACUGGACUACCCCGCGCAUAGAUGAACAAGGCCGCUAUAUUGAUUUACUCCCCAAUACCCCCGAGACGCCUCAGGGGGAAAAACCACCCGAAGAAGACAAUACUCUGGCUCGUAUUUUAAAUUCUGAUGAGACUGCACAAGUGAAGUGGUACCGGCCACCAUCCCCCUCGGAUGAGCGAUUCGCCAAUGCUCCGGCCCUCGCACCAGCGGCGGAGAGGCUGACACAAUAUUUCAAAAGACAAGAUGCACUGGAAGCUGCCAAGACUCCUCAAUGGACGGCCGCCGACUUUCCUGUCAAUGUUGUGCCAACCCCCGUAAGGCGCCUAGCCGCUGAACUCCGUAAUGCUAUUCCCAAUUCGCCGCCACGCCCAAUUACACAAAUUACACAACCACGGCCUCAGCACUACGAAGUUAUCCUUCCACGCAAACAACGAUAUGGCGUCAGUAGUUUUAACGGAGCAGAAUCCUCUCGUUUCAUCUCCAUUCAAUUUCCUUCAGUAUCUUAUUCCACUCGAUCGCACGUUCGCAUUGCCCUCGACCUUAACAAUAUCAGCAACAUUCCGGCGAACUGGUCUAUCACCUCUAUCGGGCCGGUGUAUAUGGCACCCGUCGUUCGACAGGGUAAGCCAUUACGUAACAAUGAAAAGGACCAUCCAGUCAAGAGUAAGGUAUUCGAACCCGGGACAGCAUCCGGAUGCGUGAUGCCUCACACGACACAAAGUGUAUCAAUCUCCUUCCGACCGCCAUCGGCUGGUCGGUACAGACAGACAUGGCACAUUCGUGCAAACUCGCAGGUGGUCGUCCUGUCUUUGGAAGCGUUGGCUGAUUCCAAGCCAACAAAAAAGGUGGAAGGGCGCCGAGAACUUGGCUUGGCUGAAUACAUGCGACAGAAGAAGGUGGACAUUAUGGAAGAACUUGGCGUGGCAGAGUCCAAGCCUGUAAAGAUCGUGGAAGGCAAGCGGGAGAUAUCAAGAAAAGUGGUCUCUGUACGUGAGGGUGUGUCUGUAGACGCACGUCCUCGCAUCAAGCGGGAACCUGUUGCAUCAGUACGACCAAGGCCCGUUCCUUCAAAACAAGUAACGACAUCACGGAGUAUUGUCCCUGUGAGGCCGGUUCCAUCAGGAGAAGCACGUGUCCGCACCAAGCGGGAACCUAUCGCACCAGUAAGGACAAUGCCUGUUCCACCAAAACAGCAAGUGACGACAGGGAAAACCACAACGAUAAAGACUCGCACCACGUCGCGACAACCCGUUGCGGUACCCCAAAAAUCUGAACGUCCGCGUUGGCGUUUCUAAGCCAUUUAUAUUUUAACCGCCUGCAAAUUAUGUAUUUUGGCGUAUAUACCUUUGUGAAAUUAUUUGAUUUGGACUCGGUUUGUAAAUAAACAAUACCCUUGUAUUAUUAAAAAAAAGAAAGAGCCAAUAAAAACAAAAUGUAAAAUGAUA